CCGGCCCGGCCCAGCCCAGCCCGCGGCUCGGCCCUAGGGAGCGAUGGCGGCCUCGGUGUUCUGCUGCCUGCGCUGGUGCGGGGACGGCGGCGCCGGGCACAUGCCGCUGAAGGAGAUGCCCGCGGUGCAGCUGGACACGCAGCACAUGGGAACAGAUGUCGUCAUUGUCAAAAAUGGCAGAAGAAUAUGUGGCACGGGGGGUUGCCUAGCCAAUGCACCUUUGCAUCAGAACAAGAGCUAUUUUGAGUUUAAAAUCCAAUCUACAGGGGUUUGGGGUAUUGGAGUUGCAACCCAGAAAGCAAAUUUGAAUCAAAUUCCACUUGGUCGAGAUGUGCAUAGUUUAGUGCUGAGAAAUGAUGGAGCUCUCUACCACAACAACGAGGAGAAGAACAGGCUGCCAGCAAACAGCCUUCCACAAGAGGGUGACAUUGUGGGUAUUACAUAUGACCAUGUAGAAUUAAAUGUAUAUUUAAAUGGAAAGAAUAUGCAUUGUCCAGCUUCAGGAAUCAGAGGGACUGUCUAUCCUGUAGUAUAUGUUGAUGACAGUGCCAUCUUGGAUUGUCAGUUCAGCGAAUUUUAUCACACUCCUCCAACAGGGUUUGAAAAAAUACUCUUUGAGCAGCAAAUCUUCUGAACGUCUUCAUACUGAAAACUUGCACCCCUACACUGUUACAAAGCCUUUGCCAUCUUAAAUAAAGCUUCACAUUUACCUAUAGGAAACACGUGUAUUUUUUAGUAAAGUACUUGUGACUGUUGUCUGAAGAACCAAAAUGUUAACUGCAACACCAGAAAAUUGUGUUACAAAUGGUAGAUUUUGACAACCAUUUUGUGAUGUGAAAAUCAGUGUUUUGGGGCAGUUUUUUCUGAUUUGUAUUUGAUGUAAAUGGAAACUAAAGGGUAUAAUUGCCACAGUAUUAAAUGAACUUUUGUUUUCAAUUUGAGCUUUAUAAAGGAAAUAGUUCAUAUACGUGAUAGUAUGUUUCCGUAAAGUUACAGGGGUAGAUAGUUCUCAUUGUGAUUUUUCCUAUUCCUUCCCACUCAGAAGUUAUGUACCUUAUAAAAAGAGAGCACUGUGCUAAUAGUCUGUUUGGAUUGCAGUGUCGUUGUUCUGCACAAUGACUAAUGAUACGAUUGGCAGCUAAAUUUUGUUUUUUCUUUUGAAACAUGUACCCUACCAAUUUCUAGUUGUUAAACAGCUAAUAUUCCUAUUGAGUUUAUAUAAAUCUCAUAGCUUUUCAUUUGCUUUAAGUGUGACAGAAUACUUGUUAGUAACAGUCAAAGUAUUAUUUUGUUGUAUGUAAAAAAAGCAAACCCAAACACCAGAUGUAUUUAUAAAGCUCAUUAAGCUGUGUUACUCUGGUGGCAGAAUAGGUACAGAUUGUUUAACUGUGAUGUACACAAUGGCAGGGAAGGUAUGUUGGAUAUUACGAUGAAUCUUUAUGUCUAAACUGUAAAUCAGAUUGUUCUUUAUGGAAUAUUUUAUUUAAAUGUUUUUUUCUGGAUCCAGUAAUAAAAUGAAUAAUGAUUAACAUGCUAUUCUGAAAUGUGAUUCCGAUAACUAUAAAAGAUCAGGUGAUUCUUUUCUUGUCAUGUAUGCAGUCUGCUUUCUAGUCAUAUUUUUUUGCAAAGAAAACCUUUUUGUAUAACCUGAUGUGUUUUUAAGAACUUUUAGUAAGAUUUUUUUUGGCUGUCCAUGGACUAACGCAUUUAUAUGAUGAGUGACUGCUGUGAUGCCUUUAAAUUUUUGAGGUUCUUUUAUUCUGAACUUUUCAAAUACAGUUGAUUUUCUCUGA